GUACUCUUUCUCUUCAUGUAUAUUUUGCAUUCAUUACUCUUGUUUCGUAACAUUGGCUUCACAAUGAAAACAGCUGGGUUUUGUGUCCUACUCUUAGGCGUUUUUUCAUUGUGUAAUGCGCAGCAACGGGUAGCACCAGGUGUUCCUCCCCAGCAGUACCAGGAUCCAAUGCAACAUGUUCCUCAGCACGUACCCCAACAGCAAAUGCACAUGCAACAAGUCCCCCAAAUGCAGCAAGUUCCUCAACAGCAGUACCAACAAGUGCAUAACCAAGUGCCUCAGCAGGUGCCACUGCAACAGCAACAUGUCCCUCAACAGCAGCACAUACCACAACAGCAACACGUGCAGCACGCACAACCUGGACAUGGUCAAGCUCAUGGACAUGCACAAGGCCACCAUGGAAAUCCUCAAAUCCUUAAUGCAGCUAACAUUGCCCAAGAGAAGCAGCACAUUCAAGAGCACAUGGAGGUUCCAAUAGAUACAUCUAAAAUGACUGAUCAAGAACUUCAAUUCCAUUAUUUCAAAAUGCAUGAUGCAGAUAACAAUAAUAAACUAGAUGGCUGUGAACUUAUUAAAUCACUCAUCCACUGGCAUGAGGAAGAUGCAAAAAGCUCUACAGAAGGCUCUGACCAUCAUUCUGAUCAUCAUCCACCAGUUUCCCACACUGACAAGGAUCUUGAGGAUAUGGUGGACCCCAUUCUUAGAGAAAUGGACAAAGAUGGGGAUGGUUACAUUGAGUGGCACGAAUACAUCAGUUCUCAGCAUUGAAAGUAAUGUGCAGGUUUUUGUUUCCUGUAAAUGUCUCUAUACAGUAAUUAAUUUGUCAAUUCCAUGAGUGAAACAUUUCAUUCUUUGUUUAUUACUUUUAAACAUUCAUUUUAAGAGCUAAAUUUAUUCAUUUAUCUUAUGGAGUAUAGUAAAUCUUUCAAUUGAAAUAUUUUUGUACAAAAAACUUCAGAUCUCUUUCAGACAUAGAUCGUUACAGCAACAUGCUCAUCUGGAAGAGUUUAUGAUGUGGCAUGUUUUACUUACAGUGAGACAACUUUCUAGAUUUUAUUUACGGACAUUUCACAUACUGCAUGUGAUUUGCCAUUGUGAUUAAACAUAUUUCUGAAAUAAUUAAUUAUACACAGAUUGUUUAUGUAUCUCUAAGGUAUGACUAUUUCACUUAAAGUAUGUAGCAUUUUUGAGGUGCCCCUGUCCUUCACAAAUUGUUACAACCAUAUCAUAGGAAAGUAUUCAUAAUAUGUAUUUUGAUUGUUGAAUGGCUAUUAAUUAUUUGAUUUAUUUUGACCUGUCAGAGAAAUACAAGUCAGAAUUUUCUGUCAUUUUAAAUUUUUUAAGUGUAGUCGUCUGUUUGCAGUACAAAUUCCUUUUUUUUUUUUUUUAAAAUGGAGUAGUUUUGGCUCUUGAUACAUCCUGCUAUGAACUUUGUUCAGUUGUUGCUUCCUGAUUUGCAUGUGAAGGGUAUGGUUUCUUCUUGGGGAUUUUGUUUGAUGACUGAUUAUAGUUUAUGAACUGUUCAGCAAUUUUUUCUGUUACUUUACCAUUUGCAAUACAGUUGUUGUUUUAUUUCUUGGACCAUGACUAAAUUUAGGUUGUGUGUGAGGUAGGCUUUAAUGAAUGAAUGAAAGGCACUUUUUGUUUUUAAUUCGUUUAGGUGCCAAAAGUUCUUGUAUGUAUACUUGAAAAAUUAUCUAAUCUAAAUCUCCAGAUUCUGUUUCUCUAUAUAAUAUUUUUGUAGGGGUGUCAAAUUAUGUAGUUAUUCUCAAAAAAUGAAAGGAAAGGAAUUCAUGCAAAACAUACGGUAAUAUUUAUGCAUGUGCAGUAUUACAGAAAGCUUGUUUUAAAGACUGACGAUACAAUUAAUGAUAAUUUUCAUUCUGAUUCCUCUUUUUUAGAUGUGCUUUCACUCUCCCUCCAUCAUUAUCAUUAAACAUUGGUCGUCUGCCAUGUAAACAGGUGUUGGUUGAUAGAACUCUUCAGUGCUCUAUUCACUGUGUCAAAUCCAAUAUUUAUGUUUUUGUAUCAUAUUUCUUUUCUCCUAAUGCAGCUUUGAUCCAAUUGUAUUUACAAGUAGUCUACAUCUUCUCUACAGUAGAUGUAAAUGUACAUUUUUUAAAAUCUGUAUUUUGUGAAAGUAUGAAUCUUAUGCAUAUUCCAUAGAAUCGAAUGUACAUAGCAUAGGUACAAUUUUAAUGAUGUGAUUAGUAGCUGUAAAGCUCAAGUGAGUUUCCACAUUCCCUUAAUGUUCUGCAUUCUUUGUAUUUUUAGCUCCUAGAGCUGUUUUAACAUUAACUCUCCAUCACAUUACCUGUUGAGUUUUUGAGUAACUCUUUUGUCCUUUUUACUUUGAGCAAUUCUGUGUGAUGAAGACAAAAUUAAAUUAAAAUCCAUACAUGCAUGUUCCACGUUUGUUUUAAGUAAGUUUGUCAAUACGCGUUGCAGAUGUUGGAGAUUGUGCUGCUCAAAGUUAUUAUGGAAGGCUAGUGCUAAAUAUUUGAGGUUGUGUGCUACACUGUACAUUUUGAUGUUUUAGAGGUGCAAUGUAUAUUUUAAAUACAAAUGCAGUAUGUUCUAGAGAUUUGUCUGCUUCAAUGAAAUUUUUUUAUGUGAGACAUUUUCUUCAAUUUAAGUUUUGAUUUGCUAUGUUUGUGGUUGUAUUAAAAUAUUAACUCUUCAAUGAAUUGUCUGGAAAAUUAGGAAUAAAAUAUUGUUUGUUACAGA